AUGACAGCAGCAGUAACUGCAACUCAGCUUCUCUUCAUCAAUUCAUCUUCAUCACCAACUGGUGCUGGCAUAGCACAUCACAUGUUUGUAGAAAUGCCUCAUAGGAAUGAAAGGCAACCAUUUAGAGAUUUGGCAUUGACUCAUUAUGUUUGUUUUUCAGAAAAAUCUCAUCUCCUGGAUUUGAUAUCAAGAUUUGGCUUUGCACAUAGAAAGAUUGGCCAUAUUGGCAAUAAUGGCAAUAAAGGUGGCGGCAAUGCUUUUACGGAAGUUGGGUAUAGUAAUUGGAAAAAUGGCAUGCAAAAUUUUAUUGCUCAUGGAGGAGGUCCGGAAAGCCCACACACAUUUGCAAGAAUUAAGGUUGAGCAAUACCAAAACCAAAGGGAGAACAUUGAUUUUUUUUUUUCUUCAAAGAAUGUUGCUAAUGAUGAUGAGUAUCGUGUUCGGUUGCCAACAGUUGUAAGAGUAGCUCGAUAUCUUUUGGGUGAAGGAUUGGCUUUUCGAGGACACAAUGAGUCACCAAAAUCAAUGCACCGAGGCCAUUUUCUUGAACUUUUAAAUUGGUUUUGUAAGUAUAAUGAAGAAGCAAACAAAGUGAUGCUAUCAAAUGCUCCUAAAAACAAUCAAUUGACUUCAUCUACCAUUCAAAGGCAUAUAAUUGAAGCUUGUGGAAAGGAAACUAGAAAAGUCAUUUUGAAUGAGAUCGGAGACAAGUUCUUUUCUCUUUUGCUUGAUGAGGCCCGAGAUAGUUCUAUGAAAGAGCAAAUGGCUGUGUGUUUAAAGAAUGUUGUUGAUGAAUUCUUUGCUAUAAAUGGGUUGUCACUGUCAAGACUUAGAGGUCAAGGUUAUGAUGGAGCUUCUAAUAUGCGUGGCGAGUUCAAUGGAUUGAAAGCACUCAUUCUAAAUGAAAACAAGCAUGCACAUUAUAUUCAUUGUUUUGCUCGCCAACUCCAGUUAGUUGUUGUGUCUGCUGCAGAGGAAAAUCAUGAUGUGAGUCAAUUCCUUGAUUACGUUUCUAUGAUUGUGAAUAUGGUUGGAAGUUCAUGUAAAAGGCAUGAUGCUCCUCGGCAAGCACACCAUGAUAAAGUUGUGCAAAAACUACAAAGUGGAGUGACAGAUCCUUUAUCAAAGAUUCUACAAGCCAAAGAUCAAAGCAUAGCCACUACUGUUCGUAUGGUUGAAGCAUUGAAAUGCAAGUUACAUGCAUAUAGAGAAAAUGGUUGGGAAAAUUUGUUGAAGGAAACCACUGAAUUUUGUCUAAAGAAUAAAAUUAAAGUACCAAGCAUGGAUGAAAUUAUCGAAAGCCGUCGUAUUACACUUGUUGAUGGAGAACCAAUGACUUAUAUUCAUCAUUUCCGUGUGGAAAUCUUUGCAACGGUAAUUGAUGAGGUUGUUGAAGAAUUGAACAAUCGUUUCAAUGAUGCAAACACUAAUUUGCUUAAGGGUGUAUUGAGUCUUGAUCCUUCCAACAAUUUUGCUCCUUUUGAUCAUCAUGAAAUACUCCAUCUUGCUAGAUUAUACUCUGAAGAUCUCUCUACUGCUGAGCUAGCUGAGCUUCACUACCAACUUGAACUCUACAUUGAUGCUAUAAGAGGGGAUCCAGAUUUCUAUAAUCUUGUUGAUGUUGGAGCUCUUACAAUAAAGAUGGUGAAGCAUAAAUAUCAUAUUUGUUUUCCUUUGGUGUAUCGACUCAUUGAGCUAGCAUUGGUGUUACCAGUUGCCACAGCUACUGUUGAGAGAUGUUUUUCAGCAAUGAAUGUUGUGAAGACCAAUUUGCGCAACCGACUUGCAGAUGAACUACUGUCAGAUUGUUUGGUGUGUUACAUUGAGAAAAAAAUAUUCAUUAGCAUUGAUGAAGAAACAAUUAUGCAACGGUUUCAAAAGUUGGCAUCUCGCAAAAACUAUUUGAAACCUCUCAAAGGUUCUGGUGCUUGGAGUACUACAUUGGUUAGGAAAAAUUAG